CUCUGAGGGUGCUGAACAUUGACCGCCUGAAGAGCUUGCCAGCACGGAAGAUGAUACCCCCACAGCGGUGCGCUGGAAAAGAAUCAGUCGGGUGGCCCUGAAUCAAAAGACAGCAAAGAUGACUUGGAGCUUGAAGUCUAUGGUAACUCACAAACGUAUGAGUACAACACUAGCACGCCCAUUUUCCAACCAUGGGGCUCAGAGGGGGAGAAACUUGAAAACGAUAGUUUCACCGGUAUCAAGGUUGAAGAUCGUGCUCAAAAGAUUAGCCAAUCAAACGACGGGAAUGAACAUGUGUACGGCAGUAGUUAUGAGACAGAGACUGUGAUUGGUCAAACUGAUGAGAGCAGUUACGAUUGGUUGGAGUCUUUGAUAAAACAAGAAGACGACUUUCAAAUAAAGCUAGAAUCGGACUCCGAACUACCAAAUAGCAAUUUGGCUGAAGGGCAACCAUCUUCCAUUAAGUGGGAUUCCAUGCUUCUUAGUGAAGACGACAUCGAGCUGUAUGCUUUUGAGGCCCUGGCCAGAGUACUGCCAGAUUCUAGCAUCCUGCCAAUUAACACACGCGAAAACCAGCUCGUUAUACUAAGUGGUGCCAUCAGGUAUAUUCGAGAGCUGGAAUCUGCUCUAGAAGACACAGAAAACCACGUCACUGAGCGGAGUCUUACGAGACUAGACACUGCUGCUGGUCCACUGUUAGGAUUUGGUGAAGAUCCAGAACCAAAGCGUCCGAAAAACGGCUUUAUCAGAUUUUCGAUCAAGAAUAGACGGCAGGUUUCUCUGGACCAUCCAGGGGUUGACAACAGGGAGAUAUCUCGCAUCCUUGGUUGCAAAUGGAAACAGCUGACCCAGAAAGAGAAAAAGCCUUACGAGGAAGAAUUCAUGGUCGAGAUGAACAAGAGGCGUAAGAUGGAUCCGAACUGGCGCUACUGUGGCAUGAGGCGAAGGUUGCUGGAAGACUUGGUGGAACCGAUGCCAUCACGACUCAGGCCAAGGGACCAGCUCAGAUCCAAGAUUGAGGUAUCCAAAUUGAAGAGAAGCUACAAAAAACGUCAACUCAUGCCGCAGAUGUUCAAAUGGGUCCAGUGUGAUCACUGUCAAAAGUGGCGGCGCCUGCCAUCGGAUACUGACAUGGACUUGCUCCCAACGCAAUGGUACUGCAACUAUAACUUGGACCCUCAGCACAACCAGUGUAACGACCCUGAAGAACCAUACACAGUCCCAGUUCCCGAGGUUUAUCCUCGGGCACACGCCGUCACCAUUUACGGUCCCACACGCCGAAACCCUGGGCCAGCAUCAACUCAAGCUCGCACUGCUACUUCUAACGGUCAAAUGUGGAACCAACGUCCCUGUUCAUCAAUGAAGCCAACAGCAGGAGGUUUUCUCCCUGGUGCGCAAGCGGCGGCUGAUGAGUGUUUUAGUUCGUUUUCAAGGUUUAGGUGGCAGCAUGAAGGGCUCAAAAGCUGUGUUGGCAUUUUCGGCUCUCUGCCAGGCGUUGAUGACGAGGAUAUGAUGCAUAGUCCUGGAGUAGGCCUUCAUUUCAAGUGAGCUUUCACUCGAAUUUAAGUAUAGAAGUACAUGUAGUGCGUGAAAACUGGUUGGCCGUGCUACACAUUGUCUUGAACAUUUUUGAUUUAUUGUUCUAGUUAUAAUUGUUGCCCAAUAGUUCUCAAAACGGGAUGACAUCCUUAUUUCAUGGUCAUAUAACUGUAAAAAUACAAGCACAAAGGCACCGAGUUAUGGGUGUUGUAACCAAUGUCGCAGGAAGGGCUCAAAAGCUGUGUUGGCAUUUUCGGCUCUCUGCCAGGCGUUGAUGACGAGGAUAUGAUGCAUAGUCCUGGAGUAGGCCUUCAUUUCAAGUGAGCUUUCACUCGAAUUUAAGUAUAGAAGUACAUGUAGUGCGUGAAAACUGGUUGGCCGUGCUACACAUUGUCUUAAACAUUUUUGAUUUAUUGUUCUAGUUAUAAUUGUUGCCCAAUAGUUCUCAAAACGGGAUGACAUCCUUAUUUCAUGGUCAUAUAACUGUAAAAAUACAAGCACAAAGGCACCGAGUUAUGGGUGUUGUGACCAAUGUCGCAGGAAGGGCUCAAAAGCUGUGUUGGCAUUUUCGGCUCUCUGCCAGGCGUUGAUGACGAGGAUAUGAUGCAUAGUCCUGGAGUAGGCCUUCAUUUCAAGUGAGCUUUCACUCGAAUUUAAGUAUAGAAGUACAUGUAGUGCGUGAAAACUGGUUGGCCGUGCUACACAUUGUCUUGAACAUUUUUGAUUUAUUGUUCUAGUUAUAAUUGUUGCCCAAUAGUUCUCAAAACGGGAUGACAUCCUUAUUUCAUGGUCAUAUAACUUUAAAAAUACAAGCACAAAGGCACCGAGUUAUGGGUGUUGUGACCAAUGUUUUGAAUACAUUCAGCAGGGCCUGGCAAAAACUUUUACUUAAUGUAAUGACGAAUGGUCGAACUUUGUCGAAUUUGUCUCGUGUCUGAACAUCCGACGGAUCCUAAUGAGGAACAGUAGAAGAGUUUAAAAAUCUAUUCAAGUUUCAAAAAUAAAGAGUCCACAACUUCGAAUUUGUUUGACAACAAAAGAUUUAAUGAGCAAAUUCAUGAUAUUUACAAUAUAGAGAAGUGAUCAUCUAUUCUAUACAACAUCUAUGACAUUCACAGGAAGAAAAUGUCGUCUAAAAGAUGAUAUUUUCCUCUAAUCACGUCAGUUCUUCAGCAGUUUCACUAAUAUUUUCGACAAUAACAUUUUUGGGCAUACAUACUAAGCCGACAUGGACAUUGGCAUGAAUACAUGUAUCACAAAUGUUAAAAUACGGACAAGAGUUUGUCUACAAACUACAGACACCAAUGCAAACUUGUCCUCACCAACAGUGCCAGUCUAACAAGCACUCACAAAAUCAUUUUCUACUAAAGCAAGCUGAAUGCAACAUUUGAGACAAACAGUGGACGAACCGUAAACCAAGUCGCCUUUCCACUUUCUUAUAUAUUAUACAAUUAAACAAGGUUAGUACGAAAGCUAGCAAAGCUACACCCUUUAUUCAAUAGAAGCUAAGGCGGUACAAUUAUAGCCAGUGUGCGCAUGUAUCUCUACUUCCAGCUGUUUUCUACGCUACUGUAUUGACAGAUGUAUGGCAUAGCAUAGUAAAGUGAACAGGCGAUGACACACUAUUGAGCGGGAAAUAUGAAGCAAAACUUUGGACGGACUACACAACAUAGAGUUUAUCACAGAAACGCUUGAGCGGACGACCCUCAACA